GGUUAGGUGGAUCCGGAUUGUUUUGAGAGAUGAGUUGAGUUGAAUGCUUUGCUAGCUAACUGUUAGCUCCCAAUCUCAAAGUUGUUCCUGGAACGAGGAGUCUGCAAAAUGCCGAGGCCAGAGGACUUCCACAGAAGGGAUUUAACGUCCAGCUGUUAAAUGUGUUGACUGGUGCCUUAUUAUAAAGGCAACUGUUUGGCGCAGGAUGCCAGAGAUGACUGAAACUCAGACACCUGGUCGUAAGCCCAAAAAGAAGAAAAACAAAGAGUCUCACAAUGCAGUCGAGAGACACAGAAAAGAGAAAAUCAACGCUGGGAUCAACCGCAUUGGUAAUCUUCUGCCAUGUUCACAGGCACUUAAACAGAGUAAGAACAUGAUAUUGGAUCAGGCUUUCCGCUACAUCACUGAGCUGAAGAAGCAAAACGAUACAAUGCUUCUGGAAGGAGGAGACAAAGUCCAAGCUGAGGAGAUCCGGCGUUUACGGCGUCAGCUAGAGGAGCUGAGGAGGGAGAGUGCUCACUACAUUGAGCUACUCAAAGCCCAUGACAUAAACCUUUUAGAGGACCCCACUAUCCACUGGAAAGGCAAACAGCGCUGUGCCAAAGUGGCAAAAGUUGCUACCACUCACCAGCUUCCGAAGGGUAUCAUCAUCUAUUCCAAUGGCAAUGUGGUGGGCCCGGCAAGCAAGGAGGCUAGCCCAGGGAAACAGCCCCCGGAAACAUUUAUUCUUCAGCCACCAUCUGAGGCCAGUUCCAGAUUAAGGGUUAAUGGAGCCGUGCUGCAAGUUAAUACCUCUUCCUCUACCCCUGCACUUCUCCCUGGGUCAGCUGCUGCAUCCACUCAGUCAACGCCAGGCUUGAAAAUGAUAGAGCAGUGUGUGGUUGAAACACCAGCUCCGGCCCCUGCUCUGCCACCUUCUGUGUCUUACAUCACCCUCCAGAUCCCAGCUGCUAAUACAGCCUUGCCCCAGCAAAAUCAGCCUACCGCCCCAACACAGACCCUCACUAUAGCGGCUACAUCAGCUUCACAGAUCCCCGCUGAAAGCCCUGCCCUGCCUGUAUCCAUCCACCCCACAUUUACCCCAACUGGAACAAGAGCAAUAGCCUCAGAUGUUUGCUCUUGGGUUUCACAGGACUCUGCCGUCAGGACUGUAAAUUACACUGCUAUCCCGAACAACCAAGCCCUUCUUAGAGCCGGGGCAGCAGGCAGCACACAGACGACGUGGACAACGCUGCAGAUGGCAGGGAACACAGUGCAGCCAGUGUGCCAGAGUCUCCCCACACCAGAGGUCAACAACACCGCACAGGCCGUCCAGCAGGUGACGGUGUGUUCAAUGGGCAGCAAACCGUCUGUUCAUCCCAUUCAGAUACAGAUGCAAUCACAUGUACCCGUACAGCAGGCACCCAUCACAGGUCCCAUUAAUGCACAGCCCGUUCAAAGACCACCCCAGCUACGGCCGGCCGUCUUGAAUCAAGCCCAGCCUCAGCCUGUCCUAGCCCCUGCUGUUCUUCCCCAGUCAGCCAUAGUACCACAGCCGGCCGUGAUUGCCCAUCCCACCGUCGUGUCACAGUCGCAACCGGCUGUUCUUCAGCCAGCAUCAUUGGUUCCUCAUCCCACAACUGCCCUUAUGCCACAGCCUCAGCAAACCUUGGUGCCCCAGCCACAGGCCACCAUGCUGCCCCUCCUACAGACCAUGCAGGUGCUACAGGUCAACCCAGCUGGAGCGACAGCGUCAGGAGUAACAGCACCGCAGAACACAAACAAUCCGAGUGUUGUCAUCCUGCAGCAGGCCAGUGCCUGUCCUACCCAGCCAGUUGUGAGGGAGGAAAUAACCAAUCAGACACCUUGUCAGCAUAUUGUAAUCAUCCAGGCACCGAAUCAGCCUGCGUCUGCUCCUCAGAAUCCUCAGGUUGGCAUGGUGCCUGCUGCUGUGCCCACUGCAGUACCCGCUGUAUCCACUCAAAUACCCACCACCAGCAGUUCAGUAUCUGCCACCUCCUUACAGAGUGUUGGGGGAAAACAGCUGGUACACAUUCUUCCUCGCCCUGUCCAACCUGUAAACCACGCUCUGCAGGUCACCCAGGCGUCUUCUUCUCCACCUGUUCCUACAACCCCGCAGACUAUCACUGUGAACGGUCAGGUGUUUGCCCUGCAGCCUGUGAAGACCUCUGACAAAGCCAAUUCCCAGGGUGGUCAGAGCACACUCCAACUAGUCCAGCCCACCACCACGGAAGAACCAACCACCAACGUAGCCCUCAACAGUUUAGGCGCCCUUAGCAGUCUCAACCAGAGCAUCUCUCAGGGCCUUCCUAUUACCAUUUCUAGCCAGAGCAAUUGUCCGCCUCCACCUACUCAAUUGUCAGUAUUGCAGCAGAAACAGCACCAUCAGUCUCCUGCUCCAGCCUCCAUCCCGGCAGGCACUCUUGCGCUACCUGCCCGCCAGCUACAGGUCCCUUGCGUGAACCCUGUCACUUCAGGUCUGGUGGUUAAUGCCCCUAAGCCUUCAGGUAAGAGGCUUCGUACAACCCUGACUACAAAGAGAGCAAUAGCUAAAAGGACUAAACCUCCCAAGAAAAAGGAGCUUGGUCGGGCACAACCUGCUGUUGCUCCUUCCACUAAUCCUGUGGCAGGAGAUAUCCAGACAGUUCAAGUGACAGAAUCCGAAGCUUUACUGUCCUCACCUGGCAAAGUCACAGACAUUCAACCCACUUGUACCACGGUUGUUGCUACAGUCAGCAGGGAAGCUGUAGGCAGUGUCACCUCAGCCCAGAACACACAGAAAAUGAUAGUGUGUAGUUCAUCUAGUGAGCCAACCAUAUUUUGUCAGUCCCUUCAACAGGAUAAAAGCUCUGUCAGUUCAUCUCAGAGUGAUUCGAUAUCAAGUCAUAGUAACACUAGUAGCAUCACAACUGCAGUUACAGCUGUUACUACAACACUGGUCAAGCCGUCAGUUAGGACAGACUUGGCCAUUGAGACUAAACCAGCUGCGGUUUCUGGCCACAGUUCAACUGUAAAUAAACUCUCAGUUUCAGAGGUUAAACAGCCAACUUCCAGUACUUCAACUAGCACACCACAAAGUAAGUCAGCUGCUACCAUGGCUGUUUCUAGACAGAACAGACCUUCGGUCAGUUCUACAGAUGCCCCUGAAACUAUGUACACUUCUUCGACAGUUUCUACUGCGUGUUUGACUUCGGUCUGCACCAGCAGUAUCACAUCAACCACGCCAGUUCCUUUAAAUAGGACUAUCCAGUCAACGUCACCAUGUGUAUCCAGGGGAUCUAAUACCCAGGAACCUCUGCCUUGCAAUAAACCGGAGUCUGAGCUCACCUCUUCAUCCUCCGUGUCCACAAGUGUGGCACUGUUAUCACCCACACCAGUCUUUUCCACUGUCCACAGUUCUGUUACAGCAUCUACGACAAGCUCAGAGUUUAGGAAAAGAAGCACUACUCCCAGAGCACCACCACAACAGACUAAUGUGAAUAUGCCCAACCCCUCUUCAUGCCAUCCCGCUGAAGUCAAACCACCCCAGGCUCCUAGAACAGACCGAGAGGCUCAGGAGGAGAUGCAUUCAACGGCACCGGAGAAAGAGGACUUGGUGGCAGUGACUUCAGGUGCUCCCUCCAGGAAGGACUACACAGUGUCUCAACAGCUCUACACAAACUUAGAUGAUCAAACAAUAGAGCACUCUAUGACGUCCACUAGACAGACCGAUUCUCCCAUGUCCACAGGAGCCGGUGGUGGCAGAGGGUUCUCCGUAGCAUCCAUGCUUCCCCAGGGCCACAGUAUUGCCGCGUCAUCUAGCUCCUUUGGAUCAUUUACAUUCACGUCCGAGCAGGCAGAAAUGCUGGCUUUGGCCAUACUAGAACAGGACAGCCCCAGCAGGAGGAGUGGAGGCUGUUCUGGGGAUAACACUACUUCUACUAACCCCGCCACAGCCACAUGGGACCCCCCCAAAGCCCCUCAAGUGUCGACGAGUAAAGAAAGAAGCUUAGCUGGGCAGCAGAAUAAAGUGGUUAAGCCCAUGGACUCAGGAACAGUUAAAGCUGCCGUUGAGGUGUCUGUCAGUGGGCCCAAUGGGAGCAGACAUCCACAAAACAUUACUUACUCCCAGUCUCAGCCCCAGUCUCAGAGCUCGUCCCAGAGUGGGACGGUGGCAAGCCUCAGUGUCAACAACCUGAUUAGGCCGAGCUCCAGCCACCAGACCUACCCUGGCUCCCCUAGUCUGACCGGCCAACAGGGCUCAGUUCCCUCUCCAGUGGGGACCUCAACUCACACAUCGCAACCGUCAAACAAUAUUAUCUCAAUACCUGCCCAGCAAAACGAGUACACUCCUUUAAAGACCGCUUUAAUGAGGACUCAGGCUGGAGUUGGUGUGAGUGAGCGACAAGUGAAGAUCAUCUCCAAGCGCCAAGCGCAGGAAGAAGUCAUGUUAAACACUGGGAAAAGACCUAAGCCUUGUCCCCCUUCGGCUAACACUGUUAGCCACAUGGAAGUGAAAGCAUCGGAUCACAGCCAGAUGAUGGUGGGACAGCUGCCAUCCACCUCCUCAGCCAUCAUGACGAGGAUUAAUUCAGACAGCGGAGGUCCUCUCUUCUCCACAAACUCUUUCAUGAGCCCGGUAGUUCGGUCCUCAGAUGGCCACUGCCAAGGACCAGCUGAGCAGAGCCAGUCAGGAGUUCUUCAUCUGCCCCAGGGUCACCCACAGCACCCCCAGUCUGGUCAGCACCUGGGAGGGAACCUUUACAUGAAACAGCAGCAGCAGGAGCAACAGAGACACCAUCUGUAUCACUUGCAGCAUCACUUGACACAGCCGGACCCUGCGCAGCGCCACUCACUACACCAGAGGGCGCUGCAGCAGCAGCAGCAGCAGCAGCAGCAGCAGCAACAACAACAACAACAACAAGAGCAGCAGCAUGUCCAGAAAAAGCGUGGACUUGUCCGAGUCAGUCAGACUGGAUCACCUGCUGGCUUGCAGCAGAAGCAGCAUCACUUGGAAAAGUCUGGAGUUCAGCAGCAGCAGCAGCACUCACAUCAACAACAACAACAACAACAGACACAACAUCAACAACACACACAGCAGCAGUCCCAGCAGCAUCCACAACAGUCGCACCAACAAUCACAACAGCAUCAACAGCCAACACAACAUCAACAGUCUCAUCCCCAGCAGCACCAACAGCAGACACAUCAGCAGCCUCCCCAGGCACAGCAUCAACAACACCAACAGCAGCAGCAGCAGCAGCAGCAACUGCAGCAGCAACAGCAGAGCUCCCACUCCAGACACCAGCAGCAUCUGCAGCAGCAGAUUCAGCAGCAGCACUUUAGACACCAGGAGAAGAGCUGCGAGGCCCAGGCAGCAGGAUCCAGGGCCCAUCACAGCAGCCACCUAGGCCAGCAGGACCACCUCAAGGCUGGUCAGGACCACAGUGCUAUGCAGAGGAUGAUGAGCUCUCGGACUAUGGAGCAGCAGCUCAUUUCCCCUCCCAGCAAUCCGGUGUCCCGGUCGUCCGACCUGGCCUGCGCUCCGUCUCGCCAGGAGCGCCACCGCGUCUCCAACUACUCCGCCGAGGCGCUCAUCGGCAAAAGCUCCACGAGCGGCGAGCAGCAGCAGCGCAUGGGCCUCCACCUUCAGCCCGGUCGCGGUGCCGCUCAGGAGCAGCCGGACCUUCGCGGUUACCUGGACACGUCACGGGGGAAGGCCAACAUCGCGCACAACCCACAGAGCCGCCUGCCUUCAGACCAUCCGGGAGCCACCGACGUUCAGCGCGUCUCAGAAUGCCCCCCCUUCAAGGCCAUGGGUGGUGGUGGUGGUGGAGGAGGGGGCGCGCACCAUCUCAGCGGUUUCGAGGCUCAAGUCUCUCGUGGGAGCGACAUGGCUCCGAAGUCGGUUCCCCCCUCCCAGAGGGGCCCUCAGGGUCAGCCGCCGCAGCAGCAGCAGCAGCAGGGAGGGUUCAGGAUGGGCGUCGGCCCCCCGGCAGACGGCAGGAAUCGCGUUGGUUACAGCGGAGUUCAUCCUGGCUCUCAGGGAGUGCAGGUUGGACCAACGCUGCCACGAGAACAGAGCUUCACGCAGAGCCUCCUCUCCCCCCACCUCCCUGAGCAGAGCAACCAUCAGCGAGCGGUGCAGUGCUGCCCCCCUGUCAGCAUGGAGUACAGCUGUGUUCCCGGAAGCUCUGCGGGAGACAUCCAGGCCAAGGCCUCCAGCCCCAGCGUGCCUCAAACCCACAAGGCCCCAGCUAUGCGCCUCGGAGAGGGCAACAAGGGCCACAUUUCUCAGGUCAGUAGUAAUAUGCACGCGGGCCCAGGUGUGCGAGCAGGUCUCCCCCACCCUCCAACCCCACACAGCAGCUCUGAGCCGGGUCGGUCCUCCGCCCCCUCCAGACCGCCCACUGCUGUCAGCCAGCACUCCCGCCACAUUGCCCGUGACACUCAGCCCGCCAAACUGAGGCCCGGCGACCGACCUCGAUCGGGCGCGCUGCGACCGGGCAACCCCUUCGAGCCCGAGGGCCACCUGCCGCUGCCCCCUGGAGGAGGGGUGCUGCUAGGUCGACCGCAAUCUGGAGGAGAGGCACGGCGCAGCACCAUCGUGCGCUUCAUGGCGGAUAGCGCUCAGGUUCCCAGCGACAACAACCUGGUUCCUGACCAACACCUCACGCAGAACUUCGGUUUCCCCUUCAUUCCAGAUGGAGGGAUGAAUCCUCCUCCUCCCAUCAAUGCAAACUCUACGUUCAUCCCUCCGGUCAGCCAGCCCAGCGCCUCACGUACUCCGUCCCUCCUCCCCGUAGAGUCACAAAGCACUUUGCCCUCCUUCUAUCCCUCCUAUUCUCCUGCAGCUCACCCCAGCCUUCCCAGUGAUGUCACCCUCCAGUACUUCCCCAACCCAAUGUUUACAAGCCCGAGUGCCGACAAGGGCAGCGCUCCCCCUCUCAACAACCGCUUUGGCUCCAUCCUCUCCCCACCUCGCCCUGUGGGUUUUGGCCAGGCCAGUUUCCCCCUGCUUCCCGAUAUGCCCCCAGUGCCCAUUGCCAACUCCUCUGGAAUCACCCCUCACAUAUCCAACUUCAGCCUCACCUCCCUGUUCCCCGAGAUCGCCACGGGCAUGCCCACGGACGGCUCGGCCAUGCCGAUGUCUCCCCUGCUGUCCCUCUCCAACACGUCGUCCGCCGACUCUGGCAAGCAGCCGAUUCGUCCCGCCCACAACAUCAGCCACAUUCUGGGCCACGACGGCAGCUCGGCCGUCUGAGGGAACUUCCUCCUGCAGCCUGCAGACUGCUACAGCGAACCGGCGGUCUGGAGCAAAGAAUCCAAUUUUCCAUUUGAACUGUGCUGUUGCUUUUUUAUGUGGAACAAGCUCAGAAAGUGGUGGCGAAGCGCCUGCUGAAUGGAUGUUUACACGUUCCCACAAUUUCAAUCUCAUAUACGUUCUCUUUGGCAUAUGUACGAUGUCAGAUAUAAUUUGUAAUAUUUCGAAUUUUACGGGAACACGGAAACGUGACCCCUCUGGAGCUCUUCGUUGAAAUGUUGGUUGAGCCGACGGUUUGGUAGUGAAACUAAAUCAAAUUUAGGUUUAGAACUUGAAUUCAGUGUAUUCUGGGUCAUUAAGAAACCUUCUGCACAGUUACCUACUAAUGUAAUUUACUAACUUAUCAGGUUGUACUGUACAGAAUUGUUUUGUUUUCCAAGAGCUAUUUUGUAAAUACCAAUGUUUCAUAUCAGAAUUGUUAGAUUAUGUAUGUAUUUGUAAAUAGAAAAUUGAUAAUUAAAGUUUAUAAGAAGACAUUUGUAUUUGAUGCCAACUGGA